CACCUCUCCCGGGGGCAGAUCGCUCUGUUGACGGAAGUGACCACGGAAGAAGAAGAGGAGGAGGCGGAGCAGUAGCAACAGCGAUGGUGCGGGUGAAGUCGAGGUAUCUGCUGUGUGAAAUCACCGUGUCCGAGCGGAGCCAACUGCUGCAGCUGGACGACCGAGCAGUGGCGACGGCAGUGAGGGCAGCAGUGGCCCGCACACACGGAGACUACGGAGCGGCUCAGUGUGUCAUCGGCUUCUCUGUGAAAUAUCUGAAUGCUCAUACUGGAAUAGUAUUUCUACGUUUCCCCAAAAGGUGCUACAGACUCCUCUGGUCUGCACUGCCUUUCAUAACGUGCAUUGAAACUCGUGGGCACAAAAUUCCAUGUGUUCUAAAUUGUUUGCAUGUGGGAGGAACCAUAAGAACAUGUCAGAAGUUUCUGAUCAAAUACAACACACAACAGCUCCGUCAAAUGCUUCCGAAAUGUAAAAAUGACGAGGAGAAACAACAGGUUCGUAAGGCAAUUCUGACGUGCUGUCUACCAGGCAGCAACAGAAAAGAAACUGAAGAGGAUUUUGAGAGUGAAGACGAUGAAGAAGAGUGAAUUCACAGCAUGAUGCUCUAUAAGGUGGCAGCUAUGAGGUUCUCCCAGGAUUUUUCUUUUACUGGACUGAUUUGGAGAAACAAGUGCUCAACUGUGUGGAAACAUUUCUCACCACUGCAGCUUGGUGUAUUGUUACUAAAGAAAAGUGUUUGCCUGUUUUAAGCAGAGGCACACAGUUUACCUUAAGUUUGUCUUUGGUGGUCAGCAUCAUUAUCUUUUCACAUUCAUUUUGUGUUUUGUAAAGUUUUGUGCUGAUCUGUUAUUUUUUAUAUAUAUAUAGAAAAGUAUUUUUUUGAACAUUGUUUGUCAUGAUGCCAUAAAAAUAAGUUCUUAUGACAUUAAAAAAACAUUUUUUAAUAAAGAUUGCAUGUGCAGUUCAUAUUUUGUACUAGGUACUUUGCCCAGGGAAAGAAUUAUAUCACUCACUGGCUUUACUCUGGCAUGUUGACACACUGAUGGUGUGAGAUAUCCCUAUUGUCACUAAAAUUGAAUAAAUAAAGAUAUAAAUACUUUGCCUAUAUUGGGUGAUAAAGUAA